UUGCUCGGGGAGCUGGGCUGAUCUUCCGGUCUGUGCGGAUGUUAUGCUGGAGCAGACACGAGGAGAAGAAACUCCAGAAAAACACAGAGUUAAAAAAAACACAGAGACUCACCGCGAGGGAAAGAAACUCCAGUGAAACACAGAGUUAAAAACAGAGCAAAGUAAAGAGACGCUGAGAGAGAGAGAGAGAGAGAGAGAGAGAGAGAGAGAGAGAGAGAGAGAGAGAGAGAGAGAGAGAGAGAGCGCAGCUGAAGCGGCGAGUGUGCAGCAGGAGAGAGAGGAGCUGCAGGGGAAAAACAGUGGAGCAGAGUGGAGAGGAGGAGUGGAGAGAAGAGGGAAGGUCUGGUCAAUAUGGAGUAAGACGUGCGGCACGCUGCUGAACAAACUACUUGAUUAUAACUCGAGUCUAAACGCGCCCAGCCGCUGCAGAGUGGAGACUGUGGAAGAGCAGAUGGAGAAGUUAGGAACUAGAGAUUUGUGAAAGUAUGAAUGGCAUAAACCCUACAUGGAAUACUUUCAAGAAUCAUAGUCGUGAAGGGGUGUAUUGGUCUAACCCCAUACAGGAAAUCCAAGGAUUGGAUAACACUAAUGUUUUUGUACAUUAUGGAGGAGGAACCAGAUAAGAUGAGCGGCAACCAGUCUGCUGGACAUGCAUCAUCAAACUUAUACUCUGCCUCAAAGGCUCCUCAGAAUUUGCAAGAAAUCCCUUCAGGAAUGGCAGGAGGGAAUCUGAGCAAACCUCAGGAUCCCACAAGCUCCAACAUGGGUCAUAAUGCAGAGGAUGAUAGAGAAAAAACUGCAGCAGAUAGAAGAGAGACAUGCAGUCUUGUGAAUGAGCCUUUAGCUACUGAAUCAACUGAUACCUCACAUCCACAGGUUCAAGAUAAGGACCAACACCUCGAAAAAGGCAACUGGACGUCUGUGACUGAAGAAGCUUUAGAGAUGAGUAAUGAUGUGGGCUUGGAACAGGGCCUCUCCUGUAAAACUUCAAUGGCAUGUAAGGAUUCCUACAGUGAAACAAGAGGACUUGCGACUGACCGCAUUGGUUCUGUAGAUGACAACUCGCCAAAUGGCCAUGAAAAAGAUGAACUAGAAGAGAUAAAACAAGAUUAUCAAUCUGAUGGCACCAAGAUAUCUAAUCGAGAUGUCCCACUGAUGGAGGUGAAUUCCUUGACUGAUGUUUCCUCUGUAAAUGACAAUGUCCUCAGAAGAGGUACUUCUAGGACACUUGACCAGCUUGAUAUCAUUGGGAUUUCCUCUGUAGUGCAAGUAUCUGCUGAACAGAAAGAAGACUCCGGUAUUACAGAUAUUUCCAAUGUUUCAGAUACAAGUCCAAUCAGAUCUCAUAAAGAAGAGCACUCCGAGAGCCUAGUCAAAUGUACAUCCAUGAUUUUGUCAACCUCUUCAGACAUUAGAGGGAACCAAGAGGGCACAUUGUCAUUAACUGCUCCCUGCUCACCUAAGGAACAUGCCAAGGCUUGCGAAGAUGUUAACCCUAGAAUGUGUGUAGACAGCCAGACCAAGCUUUCCGAAGAUCAUUGUUCUAAUGGUCAGAACCUGAACUUUAGCAGGUUAAACACUGCCUCUGCGAAAUCAAGCUCUGAAUAUUUGUCUAUUUCGGUCACUAAGUUAGAGAGCCUUUGCAAGUAUACCAUUUCUUCCUCAACACUGAAAUCAUCAGAGCUUUUCCAGCUUCAAGCACACAAUGCAAGUGAGUCUGCAAUUAAAUGUGAAUCCUCAAAUCUACCUCCUAAACAAGAUGGAUCCUUAAAGAUGACAUUAAAUGUUGAGCACACACCAACAAACACAGUGUGCUCUGAUGUUCAAAGUCCUCUGAAGGAGGUGAAAAAACAAAUGAAGUCAAACAACUGUCUUCACAGUAAAGAUAUAGAUGAUGUCUGUAGUCCCUAUCUACCUCACAGCAAAGCUCAGGAAGAGUCCAAAGAUUCGACUGUCUCUGAGAAAUUUGACUUGCCAGCAAAUCAAGAGUCAGAAAAUCUAGGCAGAUCUCCAGAAAAAGAAAUGGUCUGUAGUAAUACUCCUGAAGUUUCUCACUCUGAUUCUGGUGAAAAUUCACAGAAGGUUUCACAGUCACCUACCUCUCAAACUGCACCGAUAAUACAGAAGACAGCAAGAAAAGCUCUUCAAUCUGAAGCAUUACAUGGACAAUUGCAAAAGAUCACCUGCAAAAGUACAGGACGAACUGAUGACACUUCUAAGACUAAUCUGGAAAGCUCAUCAUCAAUAAAGGAAGGCCAUUCUGAACAUGAAGGAGUUUACCCUACUUCUAAUGUCUUGCAGCGCCCAACAGAAUCCCGGGUCUGUUCCAAUGAAGAUGCUAAAAGUGUCAGUGCAUCAAGUAAAGCCAAAUCCAAUAUGAAAAUUCCUACCAAAUUACAAACAAAUGCAUGUAGUGUUCCAAACACACUGAAGAAGACAAGGAAAUCAAGGAAAAGGAACCUCAAGAAGCUGAAGAAAAACAUUGUUGGUUUUACUAUUGCUCAGACUCUAUUGCAUGACUCUGAUGUGCCUCAAGAUAUCGUCCAGAAACCAGAUUUGGAGGAUUUGAGUAAUCCAAAAACACCAACUAAGCAAAGGUGUGAACAGAAAGGAAAAGCAGCUAAAGAGAAUAAAAGAAAAAGCAAAAACAAAAAACACAUUUCUAGAAAAGCAAACAUAACGACUUCUGAUGCAUUACAGAACAUAUUACAACCUGUAUCUGACAUUAAAGUUGAACCAGAAAAAGAAGCUGCAUCUCAAAAACAGUCUGAUAUAACUGUUAAGCUAGAGCAUGACACAUUGCCUUAUGGUGAAUUUCCUAUUACUGAUUGUAAGAAUGUGCCCUCUAAAGGCCAUUUCCCAGAACUUGUUGAGCAUGAGGAACAAAAUGAUCGUCUCAAGAUAACUAAAGCUUGUACAAAAAAGAGAAAAAGGAGUGGUCGAUCUUUUAAAAAAAGAAAGCUAAGAAAAAUAACCACGCUGUUUUCAGCUGUUUUGGAAACUUCAGAAAACACAAAUGCCCAGGAUCUGCAGAAAAUCUCGCAAAGUUAUGCUUCCAGGGAUUCAGUAACGAUGGCUGUAAAGUCGGAUGUAGGAACGGAGGAAUUUGUGAACUUCUCUAGGAAAUCCAGUAGCAGCCUGGUUUUGCCAGAUCUCUGUAAGAAUAGUCCUGAACAUGAGCAGACUGUUCUCUCCCAUUCUGUAGCUACUGUUGGCACUGUUGAAGCUGGAAAUUUGACCUCGGAUGCUUUCAAAAGUGCCCAAAAAAAGUCACCACAAAGGAAGCAGAGAAAUCGUACACAAUCAGGAUCCAGUGAAAUACAUACAGAUCUACCUAUCAAACCUGAAAAACGGCAAUGCACAAAAAGGACAUGUCUACAAAAUGCCACUGACAGUGGAUUGGAAAGUGGCGUUUCAGAGCAUAAGCCACACAUUCAACAUACUCUUGCCAAGAAAAAAGGCAAAAAGUCAAUUUGCAAAUUGCAAGUACAAAAUAUACAAUCCACAAAAUGGAGUAUGAGGCAUUGCAGGAGAUCAUUAAGGUUUACCGUAGGCAAUGCCAAAAAGCUCAGAAAACUUGAUGGUGCUGCAGCGGAUGACACAAUUUCAUCAAAAGCUCAGUCUGCUUUAUCCCAAGCAGUGCAUGAACAGGGUCCCUUGAAACCACAAGACCUAAAACAAAACAGUAAGAGAAAAACUGGGAAAAAGACAUUCAACACUCCUUUGCCUGAAAGUAGUGGUGUUGCAGAAAUCUCUCACUUAACUGCAGCACAAAAGGGAAAAGACAAAAAGACAAGUGGUUCAUCUUUGGUUCAUCGGAGCCUGCGUAGUCACCCCCUUAAUAUGUCUAAGGAAAAUGACAUACAAGUAGCAACAUGCAUCUCUUCCAGAAGGAGAAAACUCAUCCCUGAUGUAAUCACCUGUGAUCAGGCUUUGGUAGCAGGCGUAGAACCUUUGGAGAACGGCUCUAGUGCAGUGACAAUAGGUAGCCCUGAAAAAAUACAAAAGAAAAAAUGUGGCCAAAUGAGACAGAAUAUAAAGCAAACACAUUUAGAGGCUGUAUGUGAAUAUGGAGGGACUUCAGGUGUGAAGACAAAGUCCAAAAUUAAGAGGAAAAUGUCAGAACAGAAUGCUGGACCAGUGUCCAAAAGGAAGGCAGCAUCAAGGCAGCAAGCUACAAGUUUGGAACAAGAACCAAGUACAACUGACAAAUUGUUAAAUUGCUUACAAGGACCAUUCAAAUCUGAACUUCCUGAUGAGAAAUAUGUCAAAAUAAAUGCAGAUUCCUGUGUGGGUAAGAAUAAGGUGCUACUGCAGACAGCAGUUGAAGAGGUCCACAUUGCUCUGUCCACUAACAUAACACCAAAGGAAUCAAAGAACAAAGAAAUAACGGAGAGGGAAUACAAAGCACCAUGGGACAAAAAUGAGACAAAAACAGCAUUUGAAUUGGCUUUGGAGUCCUUUAUAAUGACCACACAAUUCCAUUCAGGUGAGAAUGAUUACGUGAUUUGUGACAAAAAGGAAGCAAGAUCCGAAAAACUUGUAAUGGAAAGUGUUGAAGCAGGGAAGGAACAUUCUUCAGCACCUCAUAAUUCUAAAAUGAACGAGAAAGUAAAAUCUCUAUCGUCAAAGAAAUGUAUUGUUUGUAAGUACUGUGGUCAGUAUUUUCGACAUAUCUCAGCAUAUACCAUUCAUCAGCGUAUUCACACAGGCGAAAAACCUUACCGGUGCAAACUUUGUGGCAAGAACUUUGCUCAACUUUCCAAACUUAAAUCUCACAGGAAAAGCCACACCCAGUCUGUUAGUCUUUGUUGUCCAUGCUGCAGUAAAGCAUUCCCAAAUAAAAACUCAUUUGUAGCCCAUUUUAAGAUUCACCUCCAGGAAGUGGAGAACAAGAACAGCCUAAGCCAGAAGGUUCAGUGCAAACUGUCCAACACAACUCUUGAUCCGUCCCAAUUGGGAAAACCUCAAAAAGACAGUAGCCUUAAUUGCAAGCUUGGUGACAAGAAGUUUCCAAACAGUUUUACGGAGAGAAAAUGCAUGCAUGAGGAUCCUUUGCCCUGUAAGACCUGUGGAAAGAAGUUUAAGAAACCUUCACAUCGUCUGGUCCACGAGAGAAUGCAUAGACCAUAUGCCUGUUCCAUUUGUGCGAAAGGGUUCAAUCCACUCAAGGCACUGAAAAAGCAUCAAGUGUCCGAUCAAUGCAGAGAAAAAGGAGAACUAAAUGGGGACAACCGUGACCGUGAAGGCUUCUUAGUCACUCAAGGAGUUGAUGGUCAAGUGAAUACCCCUGUUUUCUUUAAAUGCAAGAUUUGCAGACAACUCUUUCAGAAGUGGUGCCAGUACACUCUCCACCUUCAGACCCACACAAGGUUUCCUCCACAUCUUUGCUUUGCUUGUGGGCAGCGUUAUGAAAAGGUCUCUGAGGUUAGUGUUCAUUGUAAGGUAUGCUGUCAGUCAAGCGGGGAAGAAGCAGCUUGUGGUGCAUCUCUUUCUAAAAUAUUUGAUGGCAGUGAUGUCCAAAACUACUCUUCCUCGUGGAAUAGUUCACGUCUUGGUCCUUGUUCCUUACAGACGUCCAAAAACAAAAGUAUUCCCCUGUCAGAUGGCGCUAAGUCUAACAAGAAUUCCCCAAAUCCAUCCAGUAAUCAUAAUGCAGUAAGGACAGAAAAUCUUUCUCUUCAAACCUCUGAGGUUAUGCAUGCUUUAUCAUCAUCCUUGCAUGAGAUGGUGCACCUUCCUAAAGAUUCUGGUCAGUUGCCAUCUGCAAUUAACCAUCUGAAUUCUGCUCCCCCAUCACCCACUCCAUCUGUGAUAACCUGCGUCUCCUCAAACGACAUUCUGGAAUGCACUGAAAUCUCACCAAGUCUCUGGCGAUUUGAGUGUUCACGUUGUGGCCGGAGAUUCAAAGGCUACAGGAGUUUAUGCGCUCACAUGCAGACACAUGCACCUAACUUCAGACAUGUUUGUGGGCAUUGUGGCCAGACCUUCAAAAGAUGGAACAGGCUUUGGUUGCACCAAAGAAUUCAUGGUGGGAAAGUCCGUUGCUAUUCUUGUUCCCAGUGCAGCCUCCAGUUUCGCUUCUUUGGCUCCUAUAAAGACCACAUGUUGAAUCAUGCAGGGGAGAGACCUUUUGCCUGUCCUCUCUGCCCUGAAACUUUCGUUCGUGAAGAAGGUUUGCAUGUGCACCAGUGUACAUUUCACAAACCAUCAAAAAUCUUACAGUGUGAAGUUUGUGCCAAGACCUUCAGUACUUUGCAAAACUUGCUCAAGCACAGUCUUCUGCACAAAGGUGCCGUUUCGCACCAGUGUCUCUCAUGCAAACUGUCGUUUACAAAUAACAAAAUUCUAAAAGAGCAUUUGAAGAUGCACAACAACUCCCCUGGACUUCCCCUCCCUGAUAUUCCGUCAGAGCCCUUGGCAUUUUCGCACAAGUGCAAGAGAUGUGAGGCAAGCUUCUCAACUGGGGAUCUACUCUAUGCACAUCAGACGUGCCAUUUCAGAAGUCAAGCCGUUUCUAUCCACGUCAAUGAACCCCCUUCCUCUACGCUACGAGAGAAACCUCAAACAGAAACAACACUACUUCCUUCUACUACUAGGCCUCCGACAUCUACUCUUAAUCUUGAUAGCAUUCCAAAUGACAAGAGCCUUUACACGUACCCACAUCCAGACAAGCUCUACACGAUGCCUAGCCUAUCAAGAAUACGUCUCCCGAUAAUCAACUUGGACUCUGAUAAUGACGAGGAGGAGGAGGAGGAGGAGGUGAUUCCACUGCCAGUGAGCACUGCCAGUCCCCAGGCUUUGCCCAACAGUAGCACAACUGUUAGUGGACAUCCGUCACAAAGAAUGCCGUUAAGUACUCAGGCUUCAGACACUGCACACCUACCUCAGGGUUUGAAAAGCCCAAAAUCCACUCCUGUUCUGUCUCAGCCAGGUGACUGCAUGCCAGCAGACUGCACAAAAACUAGUAAUGUCCAGGAGAACUCUGUUCUUAACUCCAAGACCCAGACCUCUAAUUUUGUGGAAACUGAUGUGGUCAUAGAAGACCCAGCCACCUUUUCAAACUCAAAGGAACAUGAAGAACUGGAUGAGAGCUUUGAAUGUCCGGAAUGUUCCUACAAAACAAGAAGCCUUCUUGGAUUAUAUGAACACUACUUUGUGCGAGCUUUAGCAAAUGGGUGCCUGCCUCCAUAAAGAAAAAAAGAAAGUUCUCAUAUCUCACGUAUGUAGGUUAUAUAUUCAAUAGUUUACUUUGCUGUUGGAAAACAUUGACUGCAUCCCAGUUGCGUGCUACACACUAAUACUAUAAGGUGUAUACCAUAUACUAAUAUUAAUAGUGCAGAUUUGGCAGGUUAGUACACAGAAUAUUAAUAUACUAACCAGUUUGGUAAUUUCUACUUCUUCAGCCAUUGUUGCUGCCCUAUUUUCUAAUAUUUGUUCCAUAUAUGAUUAGCUCCUCCACUUAUGUUUUGCAUUGCAUUGUGGAAUAACGGUGUCUAUAGUAACCACACUCAAAAACGACCAAUUUUGAGUAUUUAUCAUGGAUAUUUACUCUCAGAAAUCUGAGUCUACUUAGAUUUUAACUUUUAUUUACACUUUUUACUAAAACUGGCUAGAAUUAGUAUUUAGUACACAAUUGUGGGUGUAGCCAUUGUUACAUUUUCGAUAGAUGCCGUAUUAAGUUUUACACUCUCAACCUAAUAUGUUUGUUACUUAGUGCUAAUGUCCUACACUGGAUAAAUAUCCUAUCAAAAUAGCAUUUAGACCCAGUUUACACCUGGUUACUUAAAGCAUCUCCAGUGUCCGGAUUCCAAGAUGCGUUUAAACAAAAACAAAAUAGAUACAAAUCUGAUUAGUCAGAAACACUACAGCUGUUCUAGGAUGCAUCCAAAUAUAAAUAACGCAUUUGACAACCAGACCUCAUUCCAGUACAAAUAAAAAAUAAACCAAUAAUAAUUUCCUUGUCACAAGUAGAUUUGCAUAUUUAAUCCCUAAGAACAAUCCAAUUUUAGGCUGCUUAACCAGAGAUGCAUUUGAUUGUGAAUUUUAAAUGUAUGAGAUUAAAAUUAGAGUUGGCAACCGAAGAUAUGCAGAGGACAAUAUUCAGCUGAAUAAGAAAAACGACAUUAUUACUAAUCAAUUUAUUUUAAGUCUUAUUGCAAUGUUUUCUCUAAUUUUAAGAUUUUUUUUCAGCAGCGGUUUAAGGCUCACAAAAAAUUGAUUUGGGCUAUGUAAUUUAUGCAGUGGUCAAAUAAAGUGGCAAAUUAAUGAAACCCUGCAAAAUAGUGUUUGAUAAUAAGUAUUUGUCUUUCAAUAUUAUUUUUUUGUCUGCUUUUGGUAAAACAAUUAUAUCGGUGCUUUGGUAGCUACAAUGUUAUCAGGAUACAAUCCAGAUACAAGUCAGAUGAGGUUACCUGGUGUAAACAGAGUCUUAUAGAACACAACAGAAUGUAAUUUACUCUUUUAAGCAAAUAGCUUUAUCACUUGAUGUCCUUGUAAUAUGCUACACUACUGUUUUUGUUUUUUUUAAUAAAGAAUGUAUUGUCAGAUAUGGACAAAGUGCAUUAGCAAAUUCACCACUGAGCAGUCUGAACCUGUGCCUUUACAAUAUUAGUUUUUUUUUGUUUGUUUUUUUUCAUUCUGUUUUUAUAUCACAUCUCUCUCAGUGAACCUUUGUAGACCGGUAAAUAAUUUCACAAACCUGCACUGGAAAAUCUUUACUAAAUAAAAAUGUUACUUAUAGUUAUUAUAUGGCUUUUUUCUUCUUCUUUUAUUUCUUACUUAAAUACUGUAUCAGUAACAAGGUAACUUGACAAAAGUAGUGGUGGACAGUAUGCCAACAUCUCUGCAGUUUUAAAAUGUAGUUUUCUGUACUGUAAUUACUGGUGAUUUUGGAACGGACAGCUUUCUUUGGAAGUUCUUUGUAGUAGAUUUAUUUUCUCAAGAUGUACCUUAUGAAACUUUACUGAAACAAACUUGUACAUUGAUUCUUUAAAACUCUUUAAAUAAAAAUCAGUAAUACUCA